AUGAUACCAAAUAAUUUACUUCGGCCAGCAAAUUCUAGUAAAGAAAAUGUUCCACCACCUGGUCCUCAACAGUUGAUGCAACAAGUUGCACAGCUGCAACAGCAAAUUGCACAAUUGCAACAAAAAAGUGUACACCAGCAACAACAGUCUCAAACGCAGAUCGACAAUCUACAACAGCAGCAUCAACACCAAUUUAACAAUAUACAACAGAGACAACAACAUCAGCAAUUUACAGCAACAAAUCCUGACGAACAUAUUUGA